GAGAGACAGAGGACAGAAGACAGGUAACUGAGACGGGAGGACAGACGACACAGAGAUGUCAGAUCCAGAGUCUCAGGAGGGUCCGGAGUCCACCGUUGGUCCUCCAGCUUGUCCCCUAGACUCAGAACUCCAGGCAGACCGAGUCCAUCCUGUCCCAGAACAACACCUCGAUGGUGGACAUGAGAACCUGGAGAGACAUGGAGGACAGGAAGAGACGGAGCAGGAGGACGGAGAAGGAGACAGACCUGAACCCAGACAUCCUCAGCAUCAGCUCCACAAAGAUGUGACCAGCAGAGGGCACAGAAGAGUCAGAGGUCAGAACCUUCGCAUCGUUAAUCCCAUCUCUUCUCCGGCGUCUGUUCCCGUCUCGACCGCCACUGCCUCAGUUUCUGCUAAACGCACGGCACUGCUGUCUAAUGAGAUGAGGAGAGAGAUCACGAAGCAGGCGAGAGCCACGAGGGACGAGAGACGGGGGACACUGGACGCACGACACAGAUACUUGAUCAGUCUGCUAGAGGGCGCUGUGUCCCUGAGCGAGGUGGAGGUGGAGGACGUCAUCGUCUGUGACGAGAAGUUCAGUCUCAUCGACGACUUCUUCGCUGCACAUGGAUCAAAGGCGCUGAUUUUCUUCUUUCAGAGCAUGAAACAGGCGUCCACUUAUUUGUCCUCUGGAGACAUGGCGACCUCGACUGUGGCGCCAAGGAAACUGUUUCUCACGACAGGAAACUCUGAGCCAUUACUGGGGAAAUGUUUGUUCUUCAUGAGAACAAGUGACCGAGUGAUAACCAGCGCUAACGUACAUCAGGAGGUGGACUUUGCCAUGGUGGACUGCAGUGCCGGCGGCCUCCUGCAGGGGGUAGAAGCUCUGCUGGGUGACAUGAUGUUACCGGCAGUCAGAGCACAGCAGGAGGCAGCGCCCAGCCCUGCCGUCCAGUGCCUGGUGUCGUCUGUGGAUCGGUUCCUCGGGAACCUGAGGUCAACCAGACGGAUCCUGGAGAGCACGUUCAGACUGCAGAGGGUGGAUGUUCCUGUUGCCAUGGAGACGCUGAGCAGCCCCGCAGACUACACUGCUGCAGCCAGUAACAGCGAGCUGGUGGAGAGUCUGGAGGGCGUGGUCUCUGUGUGGACCAAUCAGAUGACACAGGUGCUGACUGAGAGCGAGCAGAUGAGAAAGGAGGCCGAUGAUGUCGGACCCUCAGUGGAGCUGGAGCACUGGAAGAGACGCAUGGUGACCUUUGACAGCCUGGUGGAGGAGCUGAGGCGCCCUCAGGUGAAAAGGAUUCUGGGAGUUCUGCAGCUCGCAAGGUCGAGUUUGUUGCAAACCUGGAGGAAGCUGGAUGGAGAAAUCACGGCCAAAAUGCACGAGGCCAAAGACAACGUGAGGUUCCUGUACACGCUGGACAAGUUCUUUGGACUGCUGGAGACGAGCACGCCGGCAGGUGUACUGCAGCACGUCUCCAGGCUGAUGAACAGCAUCAGGUUGAUUUACAGCGUCUCUCACUUCUACAAUACCUCAGAGAGAAUGACCUCACUGCUGCUCAAGGUCACCAACCAGAUGAUCAGCACCUGCCGUAGUCACCUGACCGUGGGUGUCGGCCACAUCUGGGACCACAGCAGGCCUGUGCUCCUUCAGUGUAUCUCUGACUGCUGUGACCUGAACGUUCAGUACCAGAGAAGCUUCCGGUCCGUCAGAGAUCAGCUGAGACGAAAUCCUCGAACCAGACAGUUUGACUUCAGUGAAAACUGCAUCUUCGGGAAGUUCGACGCCUUCUGUCGGCGUCUGGAGAAGAUCGCAGACAUGGCUAUCACGCUGGAGAGUCUGGCCGCUCUGAGAAACAUGAAGGUCGAUGGCAUUGACAAGAUUUAUGUCCGCUACCAGACACUCGUCUCUGCCACCAAGUCCAAGACUUACGACGUCCUGGACCAUCGAAGGACGGAGUUUGACAGUGACUAUGCAGACUUCCGGCUCCAGGUUCAGAGUCUGUUCCAGUCUCUUCAGUCUCUGCUGGACUCCUGCUUCCAUCAGACUCUCCCUACUCAGCGGAUGAUGGAGUUGCUGCUGCUGUUUGAGUCCGGACCCACGAGCGGUCUGGACUUGAAGCGUUACUUCCUGUUGCUGCUGCAGCGCUACAGCAGCGAGCUGGAUCUGCUGAGGAGGACAUAUGAGAGACAGAGGGACAGUCCACCUGUGGGACGCUGCCACCCACCGAUGGCAGGCCGGAUCCUGUGGUGUCGUCAGCUCUUCAGGAGGAUUGAAGCUCCGAUGUUGAUCCUGAAGAAGAAGCUUGAUGUACUCAAGGGACCACAGAUGUCCGCGGCCAUCGCCAACUACAACAAGAUGGCGCUGGCGCUGGUGCAGUACGAGGUUCUGCACCUGAAAGAGUGGGAGAGAACGGCACAUCAUGUUCCACACUUACUGAGCGGCGCCCUGCUGGUCAGACAGGACAACAGCAAGAUCUGUGUGAACCUUGACCCCAUGGUGUUGGAGGUCAUGUCAGAAGGUCACUGGAUGAUCAGACUUGAUUUGAGUCUUCCUCAUGUCAUCAAGCAGAUGUUGACCAGAGAAGAGCAGCUGAAAACGCUCAACAGCCGCCUUCUGCAGAUGCUCGAUGUUUACAGCUCCACCGUGGCCUGUGUGCCUCCUUUGCUCCUCCCUGUGCUGCAGCCGUUCAUCAGCGGCCUGGAGGUGGCAUUCUCUCCUGGACUGACUACGCUGUCGUGGAACGCUCUCCACAUUGACCGGUUCUUACAGAGUGUGGACGAGUCUCUGAAGGAGCUGCAGCACGUUUGUAAAAGCACCGCAGAUCUGCUGGAGUGUCGCAUCGAGAGGCUGCUGCAUGCCACACUCUGCUGCCCCCUGCUGGUGCUGCCUCAACAUGCAGCUGUGACUCCUGAAGAACUGCUGCUGAAGACGGAGGUGGAGCUUCAGAGAGUGUCUGAGACUCUGUGCUGGCAGAGUCAGCAGGUAGAGAAGUGUGUGUAUGAGCUUAUUGAUGAACUGAAGAAGAAGAUGAAGUCAACAGAGGCUGUUCAUCUAGAGGAGUCCUUCCAGUGUCUUCAUCCAGACUCCAAACAGAAGACUCGAUGUCAGUCUUGUCUUCCGUGUUGCUUCUAUAACCUGAUGGGUCAAAUCUGUCAUCGUAACACUGAAGCCCUGGUCAAAGCCACUAAAUCGCCUCUUGACGCUCUGAGGCGGAGACUCCACGUCGGCAGCUACCAGCUGACAGGCUCCACCCCCCACGCCGGAGAGCCGGCUUCUCCCCCUCCUCUCUUCAAAGCUUCUGUCCAGCUCACCAUCCCCAGCAUCGUUCUCAGACCCAGCAUAGACGACAUCCAGAACGCAGUGAAUAAAUUGGUCACAGUUAUUUUGUCUGGAACCAAAGAUGUUCCUCUGUGGACGUUCACACAUCUUCAGUACAAACAACAGCAGGUGGAGCAAACAGUCCGUGAUGCAGGUGAUGAAAACCUGGUGAAGCCGGUGAUUCUGAGGACAAUGGACAAACAAGUGUCUGAACACAGAGACAUCAACAAGUUGGUGAUCCAGCUCAGCUCCAUCAUGUCCUCUCUCAGAGUUCAGGCUUCUGAGACGCUCAGUGGACUUCCUGAUUUCUCAACACUGUGGAACCAGGAGCCAGAGCAGAAGGUUCAGGACUUCCUGCAGAGUGAACCUUCAGUGACAGAGUUCAGCUUCCAGAUCUACUUCUACUCUAAGCUGGAGGGGCAGAUUUCGGAGCUCCCGGCUUCUUACACGGUCGGCCCACUCCUCUUUGACACUGACGAGCUGAAGGUGGCGCUCACUCACGAGUGUCGCCUGUGGAAGCGAGCGUACGGCGCAGCUCUGCACCGCCGCGCGUCCGCUGACAUGGACGCCGUCUUCUUGUUCAUGGACGGGCUGACCAAGCGACUGCAGCGUCCAAUCACAGACCUGGAGGACGUCCGAGGCACCAUGGCAGCGCUCAGGGAGGUUCGGGAGGCAGAGCUUCGUCUCGACGCCACCAUUGGCCCGGUGGAAGAAUCCUUUGCUCUGCUCAACAAACACGAGCUGCUCUUCAACGACGGGAGUGCGGAGCGGGUCGAUGGCCUGACGUAUGCCUGGAAGAACCUCAGCGCCCUGGUGGUGCAGAACCAGAACACUCUGGUGGAGAUCCAGCCCAGCAUGAAGGCAGACCUGCUGUGUGCAGUGAAGAGCUUCCAGAGUCACGUUCACAACUUCUGUGAAGAGUACAACCACAGGGGUCCUGGUGUGGAGGGCGUGGCUCCAGCUGAAGCCAGCGAGCGUCUGCAGAGUUUUCAGACAGAGUUUGAUCAGCUGUGGAGGAAGUUCGUCACCUGCUCUGGAGGAGAGGAGCUGUUUGGACUUCCUGUUAAUGAGUAUCCUGAACUGCAGAGAAUCAAGAGGGAACUCUCUCUUCUGUCCAAACUCUACACUUUAUACAACUCAGUCAUCGACAGCGUCGGCGGUUACUACGACGUGCUGUGGGCUGACCUCAACAUUGACAAGAUCACCGCAGAGCUGCAGGACUUCCAGAGCAGGAUCCGGAAGCUUCCGAAGGCAUUGAAGGAGUGGCAGGCGUUCAGGGAUCUGAAGAAGACCAUCGAUGACUUCGCAGAGUCGUGUCCGCUGCUCCACAUGAUGGCAAACAAGGCGAUGCUACCCCGACACUGGACUCGUCUCAGUGAGCUGACCGGACACAGCCUGCAGGUGGCGUCAGAGAGCUUCUGUCUCAGGAACAUCAUGGAGGCUCCGCUGCUGAAGAACAAAGAGGACGUGGAGGACAUUUGCAUCAGCGCCGUGAAAGAGUGUGACAUAGAGGCCAAGCUGAAGGACGUCAUCGCUGAGUGGAGCGGCCACACGCUCAGCUUCGCCACCUUCAGGACCCGAGGGGAACUGCUGCUGAGAGGAGCUGACAUGGUGGAGAAGAUCUCCAUGAUGGAGGACAGUCUGAUGGUGCUGACGUCACUGCUGAGCAACAGGUACAACACUCCGUUCAAACUGUCUGUGCAGCUAUGGGUCCAGAAACUGUCCAACACGUCCGAGAUCAUCGAGAAGUGGCUGUCAGUGCAGAACCUGUGGAUCUACCUGGAGGCGGUGUUUGUGGGUGGAGACAUCGCCAAGCAGCUGCCGCAGGAGGCCAAACGUUUCCAGAACAUGGAUAAGUCGUGGCAGAGGAUCAUGCAGCGAGCCCACGAGCUUCCUAACAUGGUGCAGUGCUGCGUGGGAGACGAGACGCUGAGUCAGGUGCUGCCGUGUCUCCUGGAGCAGCUGGAGCUCUGUCAGAAGUCUCUGUCCGGUUACCUGGAGAAGAAACGCCUGGUGUUCCCGCGCUUCUUCUUCGUGUCUGACCCCGCCCUGCUGGAGAUUCUGGGUCAGGCGUCGGACUCGCACACCAUCCAGACUCACUUGCUUAGUCUCUUCGACAACGUAGACAAAGUUGUUUUUGACAAGAAAAUCUACGACCAGAUUGUCAGGUUUCAAUCUCAAGAGGGAGAGUGUGUGGACCUGAGCUGUCCCGUCUUGGCACAGGGAAACGUGGAGGUGUGGCUCGGGCAGCUGCUUGCCGGCGUCAGGCAGACGCUGCACGGCAUCAUCCGUCAGGCGAGCGUCGCCGUCAGCGACCCUGAGAUGAAGCUGCUGGAGAUCCAGGUGGCGUUCCCCGCUCAGGUCGGGCUACUGGGAAUCCAGAUGAUCUGGACCAGGGACGCGGAGGACGCACUCAUCCACAGCAAGUCUGACAAGAAGAUCAUGCACACGACCAAUCAGAGGUUCCUGGACCUUCUUAACGAGCUGAUUGACAUGACAACGAAGGAGCUGAGUAAGAUGGAGAGGACCAAGUACGAGACACUGAUCACCAUCCACGUCCACCAGAGGGACAUCUUUGAGGAGCUGGUGCGUGUGAACGUGCGCUCACCGUCAGACUUCGAGUGGCAGAAACAGUCCAGGUUUUACUUCCUGGACGAGUCGGACAGAUGCGUGAUCCAGAUCACAGACGUGGAGUUCAGCUACUGUAACGAGUACCUGGGCUGCACCGACCGACUCGUCAUCACGCCGCUGACUGACAGGUGUUACAUCACUUUGUCCCAGGCUCUGGGGAUGAGUAUGGGCGGAGCUCCAGCUGGUCCUGCAGGAACAGGUAAGACAGAGACCACUAAGGACAUGGGUCGCUGUCUAGGCAAAUAUGUGGUGGUUUUCAACUGUUCAGACCAGAUGGACUACAGAGGACUGGGACGCAUUUACAAAGGUCUGGCUCAGUCUGGGGCCUGGGGCUGCUUUGACGAGUUCAACCGCAUCGAGCUGCCGGUGCUGUCAGUGGCUGCUCAGCAGAUCUACAUCGUCCUGCAGUGCAAGAAGAACCAGAAGAAGCAGUUCAUCUUCACUGACGGCGACGUGGUCGACAUGGACCCGGAAUUUGGCAUCUUCCUCACCAUGAACCCCGGAUACGCUGGGCGACAAGAGCUGCCGGAGAACCUGAAGAUUCAGUUCCGCUCAGUGGCCAUGAUGGUACCGGACCGCGCCAUCAUCAUCAGGGUCAAACUGGCCAGUGCGGGUUUCCGUGACAACCAUGUUCUCAGCAGGAAGUUCUACACGCUCUACAGACUGUGUGAGGAGCAGCUGUCCAAGCAGGUCCAUUAUGACUUUGGUCUGAGGAACAUUUUGUCGGUUUUGAGGACACUGGGCGCCGUGAAGAGAGCAAACCCAUUAGAACCAGAGAAGACCGUGGUGAUGAGGGUCCUGAGAGACAUGAACCUCUCCAAAUUGGUGGAUGAGGAUGAACCUCUGUUUAUGAGUCUGAUCAAUGAUCUCUUUCCUGGAAUUGUCUUGGAUAAGGCCGGGUAUCCUGACCUGGAGUCGUCCAUCGUGGCUCAGGCUCAGCAGGCGUCUCUGAUUCCUCAUCCUCACUGGAUUCUCAAACUGGUUCAGCUCUAUGAGACACAGAGAGUCCGACAUGGUAUGAUGAUGUUGGGUCCCAGUGGAACAGGUAAAACAACCUGCAUCAACACACUGAUGAAGGCCAUGACUGAGUGUGGCACUGCCCACAGAGAGAUGAGGAUGAACCCGAAAGCCAUCACAGCCUCGCAGAUGUUUGGCAUGCUGGACGUCACCACCAACGACUGGACCGACGGCGUCUUCUCCACACUGUGGAGGAAGACUCUCAAGGCCAAGAAGGGGGAGAACAUCUGGAUUGUUCUGGACGGUCCAGUUGAUGCCAUCUGGAUUGAGAAUCUCAACUCAGUUCUGGAUGACAACAAAACUCUGACGCUGGCCAACGGAGAUCGAAUCCCAAUGGCUCCAUGCUGCAAGAUCGUGUUUGAGGCCCACAACAUUGACAACGCGUCCCCGGCCACAGUGUCCAGGAAUGGGAUGGUGUUCAUGAGCUCGUCGGUGCUCGGCUGGAGCCCCGUCCUUCAGGCCUGGCUACAAAAACUACCAGAACAACAGGCCGACGCCCUGAGACGCUGCUUUGACUCCUGUUACCAAGACCUGUUGGACUUUGUCUUCACUGCAGUGUCUCCAAAGAUGCAUGUGUUGGAGUGUAUGUACAUCAGACAGACCAUUGACCUGCUGCAGGGUUUGCUUCCUGCAGCAGAAGAGAAACAGGGUUGCCAUGGCGACGUGGGUCGCCUGUUUGUGUUUGCGGUCAUGUGGUCUCUUGGCGCUCUGCUGGAGCUGGAUGACCGAGCUAAGAUGGAGGCCUUCCUGAAGGACCACAGCUCGUCUCUGGACCUGCCGCUCACUCAGGACGACCAGACAAUCUUCGAGUUUGUCGUCAACGAGCAGGGACAGUGGGAGCACUGGUCCAACAAGGUCCCGGAGUACGUCUACCCCAAAGACCAUGAACCCGACUACUCGUCCAUCCUGGUUCCCAACGUGGACAACGUGAGGACAGACUUCCUGAUGCAGACCAUCAUGAAGCAGGGCAAAGCAGUGCUGCUAAUCGGAGAGCAGGGAACUGCGAAGACCGUCAUGAUCAAAGGCUACACGGGUAAACUCGACCCGGAGGUUCACCUCAGUAAGGCAGUCAACUUUUCGUCUGCCACACUGCCCGGAAUGUUCCAGAGAAUCAUCGAGAGUUACAUCGAUAAGAGAAUGGGCGCCACCUACGGGCCGCCGGCUGGACGUAAGAUGAGCAUUUUCAUAGACGACAUCAACAUGCCCGUCGUCAAUGAAUGGGGAGACCAGAUUACCAACGAGAUUGUGCGUCAGCUGAUGGAGCAGCGAGGUUUCUACAGUCUGGAUCGACCUGGAGAAUUCAUCAACGUGGUCGAUGUUCAGCUAGUGGCGGCCAUGAAUCAUCCGGGCGGUGGUCGUAACGAUGUCCCUCAGCGUCUGAAGAGACAGUUCUCUGUGUUUAAUUGCACACUGCCGUCCAACUCAUCCAUCGAUAGAAUCUUUGGGACGGUGGCUCAGGGACACUUCUGUCCAGAGAGAGGCUUCUCCGCUGAGGUCUGUGAACUCGCCGCCGCCCUCGUACCCACGACCCGACGCGUGUGGCAGGUCGUCAAGGUCAAGAUGUUACCGUCUCCUGCAAAGUUUCACUACAUUUUUAACCUGAGGGACCUGAGCAGAAUCUGGCAGGGCAUCCUGACAGUGACGUGUGACGUGUGUGUCAGCUCGUCUCUGCUCAUCUCUCUCUUCCAUCACGAGUGUAAUAGAGUGAUCGCAGAUCGAUUCAUCGACAGCAGCGACAGAGACAUGUUCAGCUGCAUCAUGGACAAGAUCACAGUGGAGGAUCAUGGGAAAGCUCUGAUUGAGCGCGCUCAGUGGGACAGCUGUUUUGUGGACUUCCUGCGUGAAGCUCCGGAGGCGACUGGGGACGAACCUGAGGACACGGAGUUGGAGGCGCUGAAGGUGUAUGAGCCAAUCCCGUCCCUGGACGCUCUGGCUGAGCGUCUGUCCGUCAUCCAGCAGCAGUAUAAUGAGGCAGCGAUGGGCGGAGCCAUGGACCUGGUCUUCUUCAAGGAUGCGAUGAUACACCUGAUGCGGAUCUCGCGGAUUCUGCGGACGCCGCAGGGAAACGCCCUGCUGGUCGGGGUCGGGGGGUCAGGGAAGCAGAGUCUGACGAGGCUGGCGUCGUUUAUUGCAGGAUACCAGACAUUCCAGAUCACACUGACCAGGUCGUACAGCUGCAGUAACCUGCUGGACGACCUGAAGUCUCUGUAUCGUAUCGCUGGUCAGCAGGGGGGAGGAGUCACGUUCAUCUUCACCGACAACGACAUCAAAGACGAAGCCUUUCUGGAAUACAUGAACAGCGUCCUGGCUAGCGGUGAAGUCUCAAACCUGUUUGCUCGCGACGAGUUGGACGACAUCACUCAGGAUCUGAUUCCCGCGAUGAAGCGCCAGCACCCGCAUCGACCUCCGACCCCGGAGAACCUCUAUGACUUCUUUCUGUCACGCAUGCGGAGCAACCUCCAUGUUGUCCUCUGCUUCUCGCCUGUCGGGGAAAAAUUCCGCACUCGUUCUCUGAAGUUCCCGGGCCUGAUAUCGGGCUGCACCAUGGACUGGUUCCAGCGCUGGCCUCGGGACGCCCUGAUCGCUGUGUCGCAUCACUUCCUGUCCCAGUAUCAGGAACUUUGCUGCUCGAAGGACGUGAAGCAGAGUGUGGAGAUUACCAUGGGAACCUUCCAGGACCUGGUGGCAGAGAAGUGUGGCGAGUACUUUGAACGUUUCCGACGUCAGACGUUCGUGACGCCCAAAUCCUACCUGUCCUUCAUCAACAGCUACAAGAUCAUCUACUCUGAGAAGAUGGCACAUGUGGGCAUGCUGGCCCAGCGCAUGAAGACUGGUCUCUGUAAACUGAUGGAGGCAGAGCAGUCUGUGUCUCAGCUCUCUGAAGAACUGGUGGUGAAGGAGCAGGAACUCGCCAUCGCCUCCAAGAGGGCGGAUCAGGUUCUGCAGGAGGUCACAGCGAAGGCUCAGGCUGCUGAACAGGUGAAGCACCAGGUGCAGAAGGUAAAGGACAAAGCUCAGCUCAUCGUCGAUGAGAUCGAGGUGGACAAAAAGGCUGCGGAGUCUAAACUGGAGGCAGCAAAGCCGGCGCUCGCGGCUGCUGAGUCAGCACUGCAGACCAUAAAGCCUGCAGACAUCGGCACAGUGAGGAAACUUCAGAAACCUCCUCACCUAAUCAUGAGGAUCAUGGACGUGGUGUUGCUGCUUUUUCAGAGGAAGAUUGACCCUGUGAUGGCCGACCCUGAGCAGCCGUGUGUGAGACCGUCGUGGGCCGAGGCCAUGAAGCUGAUGCAGAACCCGGCUUUCCUCAGUAUGCUGCUCAACUUCAACAAGGACUCUAUCACAGAGGAGAUGGUGGACCUCAUCUCUCCGUACCUGAACAUGGACGACUACAACAUGGAGUCGGCUAAGAGAGUGUGUGGUAACGUGGCCGGUCUGUGCUCCUGGACUCAGGCCAUGGCCGACUUCUACACAAUCAACAAGGAAGUGCUGCCUCUGAAGGCUAACCUGGCUCUGCAGGAAGCUCGUCUGGUCGAUGCUCAGGCUGAACUUGCUAAAGCUCAGGAACAACUGGACGCUAAACAGCAGGAGCUGGACGCUGUGCAGGCGCUGUACGACGCCGCCAUGAAAGAGAAGCAGGACCUGGAGUAUGACGCCCAGGCCUGUCGCCGCAAGAUGGCCAACGCCACGGCUCUGAUCGAUGGGCUGGGAGGAGAGAAGGUCCGUUGGACCAACAGCAGCGUCGCGUUCCACACUCAAAUCACACACCUGGUGGGCGAUGUCCUCCUAUCCACGGGCUUCCUGUCGUACGCUGGCCCCUUUAACCAGGAGUACCGCGGUCUGCUGCUGACGCAGUGGAAGAAGGAGAUGGAGGAGAAGCUCAUCCCCUUCAGUCCCGACUUGAACGUGAUUGGUCUGCUGGUGGACAACGCCACCGUGAGUGAGUGGAACCUGCAGGGCUUACCCAGCGACGACCUGUCCAUCCAGAACGGCAUCGUGGUGACAAAGGCGUCGCGGUACCCGCUGCUGAUCGACCCCCAGGGUCAGGGCAAGACCUGGAUCCAGAACAGAGAGAUAGACCAGCAGCUGCAGGUGACGUCUCUCAACCACAAAUAUUUCCGCUCCCACCUGGAGGACAGUCUGUCUCUGGGCCGUCCGCUGCUGCUGGAGGAUGUAGGAGAGGAACUGGACCCGGUUCUGGACAACAUUCUGGACAAGAACUACAUCAAGUCUGGAUCCACAUAUAAAGUGAAGGUAGGAGACAAAGAAGUGGACGUGAUGAAGGGCUUCAUGCUCUACAUCACCACCAAGCUCGCUAACCCGGCGUACAGUCCCGAGGUCAGCGCCAGGACGUCUGUGGUCGACUUCACCGUCACCCAACGAGGCCUGGAGGACCAACUGCUGGGACGAGUCAUCCUGCUGGAGAAACAGGAGCUGGAAGCCGACCGUGUGAACCUUCUGGAGGAGGUGACGUCUAACAAGAGGAAGAUGCAGGAGCUGGAGGACAGUCUGCUGUUCAGGCUGACCAGCACGCAGGGGUCACUGGUGGAAGAUGAGUCUCUGAUCGAGGUCCUGAGGGUCACCAAGGCCACAGCUCAGGAGGUAAGCGAGAAGCUAGUGGUCGCAGCAGAGACGGAGGUGAAGAUCAACCAGGCCAGGGAGGAGUACCGCCCGGUGGCCACCAGGGGGAGUAUCCUCUACUUCUUGAUUGUGGAGAUGUCUCUGGUAAACGUCAUGUACCAGACGUCGCUGCGGCAGUUCCUGGGACUCUUUGACUCGUCCAUGCAGAACUCCACCAAGUCACAUGUCACCUGCAAACGCAUCAACAACAUCAUCAGAUUCCUGACCUUCCAGGUUUACUGUUACACGGCACGAGGUUUGUACGAAGAACAUAAGCUGCUGUUCACUCUGCUGCUGGCUCUGAAGAUUGACCUGCAGGCCGCAAACAUCUCACACACUGAGGUCCUCACCUUCAUCAAAGGCGGAGCCUCUCUUGAUCUGAACUCUGUAGAAUCGAAACCACUUUGCUGGAUCCUGGACCAGACGUGGCUGAACCUGGUGCAACUGUCUGCCCUGCCGUCAUUCAGUCAGAUCCUGAUCCAGGUGAGACAGAGUGAACGAGCCUGGAAGACCUGGUUUGAUGAUCCGUCACCGGAGGACGCAGUGCUGCCCGACGGCUACGAUGAAAAGAUGGACACCUUCAGGAAGCUUCUGCUGAUCCGGAGCUGGUGUCCUGACCGGACCAUCGCUCAGGCUCGGCAGUACAUCGCAGACUCUCUGGGACAACAGUACGCUGAAGGUCUGGUUCUGGAUCUGGACGCCAUGUGGACAGAAAGUGACAGUUGGACACCGAUGGUGUGUCUUCUGUCCAUGGGUUCUGACCCGACAGAAAACAUCGAGAGACUCGCCAAAAGCAAAGGAGUGCCCUGUUGUCCCAUCUCCAUGGGCCAAGGCCAGGAGUUUCAUGCUCGCAAGCUAUUGGCUAACUGCAUGACGGACGGAGGCUGGCUCCUCCUCCAGAACUGUCACCUGGGACUGGGCUUCCUGGACGAGCUGCUGGGGACGGUCACCACGGUAACAACAGAGAGGAUGAACAAGGAUUUCAGGGUGUGGCUUACGACUGACGUUCACCCCAGAUUCCCCAUCACCUUCCUUCAGUCGUCCAUCAAGUUCACCAACGAGCCUCCACUUGGAAUGAAAGCAGGUCUGAAGAGGACGUUCAACAGCGUGACUCAGGAACAGUUGGAGAUCAGCAGUCGUCCACAGUGGAGACCUCUUCUGUAUGCUGUGGCCUUCCUCCACUCCACCGUCCAGGAGCGCCGUAAGUUCGGGCCUCUCGGCUGGAACAUCCCGUACGAGUUCAACCAGGCGGACUUCACGUCCAGCAUGCUGUUUGUCCAGAACCACCUGGACGAGCUGGACUCAAAGAGAGGGGUGAACUGGAGCUGCCUCCGCUACAUGCUAGGUGAGGUCCUUUAUGGCGGCCGAGUGACAGACGACCUGGACAAGUGUCUCCUCAACACCUUCACUCGUGUGUGGUUCAGCGAGGACACGUUCAGCGACGCCUUCUGCUUCUACAAGAGCUACACUGUCCCCGUCAAGGCCAAGACGGUGCUGGACGUCCUGCAGCACAUCGACACUCUGCCGCUGGUCGACUCACCUGAGGUUUUUGGGCUCCACCCAAAUGCUGACAUCACCUAUCAGACAAACCUGGCCAAUGAGACACUGAGCACCAUCAUCAACAUCCAGCCCAAGGACAGCGGGGGAGGGGCUGGAGAGACCAGGGAGGCCAGUGUGCAGAGGCUGGCCAAUGAGAUGCUGGAGAAGCUGCCACCUGACUAUGUAGCACAUGAGGUCAAAGGUCAGCUGCAGAAGAUGGGUGCACUCCAGCCGAUGAACAUCUUCCUCCGACAGGAAGUGGACCGCAUGCAGCGAGUCAUCAGCAGUGUACGGAGCACGCUCAGUGACCUCAACCUCGCCAUCGACGGGACCAUCAUCAUGUCAGAGGACCUGCGGGACGCCCUCGACUGCAUGUUCGACGCUCGGAUCCCUCGGCUGUGGCUCCGCCUCAGUUGGGUGUCGGCCACGCUGGGGUUCUGGUUCAGUGAACUGCUGGAGCGGAACCAGCAGCUCAGCACCUGGAUCAGCACCGGGCGACCAAACCAGUUCUGGCUCACUGGAUUCUUUAACCCACAGGGAUUCCUCACCGCUAUGCGCCAGGAAACAGCUCGUUGCAGAGGUUGGGCUCUGGACUCGGUCACACUCAGCAACAACGUUACCAAGAUGAUGAGGGAGGAGGUGUCAGCCCCGCCCCCAGAGGAUAUGGGCGGGGUUUAUAUCUACGGUCUCUUCCUGGAUGGGGCGGGGUGGGACCGACGAGGAGCUAAACUCACUGAGGCUCCGCCCAAGGUUCUCUUCACUCCACUUCCUGUCGUCCAUGUCUUCGCCGUCAGUAACCUGCUGACCACUAAACGUCCACCUAGUGGUGCAGUGGUGCUGUCUCUGUACUCGUGUCCCGUGUAUAAAAAGCCUCGUCGCACCGACCUGAACUACGUCUUCUCUCUGCAGCUGAGGAGCGAGCAGGCGCCCGAGCAUUGGACGCUCAGAGGCUCCGCCCUGCUCUGCGACUGCAAGUGACCCCGCCCACUCAGUCAGUCACUGAGUGAUGACAUCACACCUCAGUGACAAGCCCCACCCACCAACGAACUUCCUGCUCACACACCUUUGGUUUUAUUUUAUAGAUUUUUAUGGAGCCACAGUGACCUUUGACCUUUGUGCACCCAAACACUUAAUCCGUGAGAAUCUCCUUUCAUGAAUUUUAAUCUCAAAUCAAAACAAAUGUCAAUUCAGAUUCUGUUUGAAUUUCAAUUUAAUUU